AUGUCUGAUAUGGAGCUAGAAAGCCUGGAGGGCGACUCCAAGGAGAAUAUUGAUGAGUUGGAUAUUGACGCAGAGCUAGAAAAUGAGCUAAUGAACUCGGAAUACGCUGCUUCUACGAAAAACGACGAUUCAAGGAGAAAAAGCGAGAGUUCCCAAACUAGCGGAAAGUGGAAAAAAGUUGGUUAUCAACAGUCGCCUGAAAGAGUUGAUUCUUCAAGUCAAGAUCAUAUGCUGGGAAAGGAGGGAGAAAACAGCUUCGAGCAAGAACUCCAAGACUUCUCUGGCGACGAAGAAACGCAUGAAUCGAUUCUUGAAGAGACCAGAAGCAGGAGCAGAAGCCGAUCGAGAUCCAAAUCGCCAGAAAGCUCAAAGGAGGAGAAAAAUGAAAAGGACAAGUCCGGAGAUGAAGAGUCUAGCGAAGAAAUGGACGGACUGGAAGCCCUGAGAAAUGCUGCUUUAGGCUCGCUGGGAAAAUUCAAGAGAACAAACUCCGAAAACGGCGAAAAUGGAAAUAAUAGCAGCUCCGAUGAAGAAGAUCUUGAAGCGAUGCGCAAGCAGUUACUAUCACAAAAAUCAUCCAAAAGAAGACCUCCAUUAGACCUUCGCUCAAAGUUGAAGAAACAGUCGCCCAAGCUGAUUAUCAACCCGAACACGAGCAGCGAAGAAGACGGAAACAGCGACUUGGAAUUGGACGUCUCCACUGUGCACAGGAAUCAAAAGAAAGUUUCCAAGAAGCGGCGAAAUUCAAGCCGUGCUGUUUUUCAAACUGCCAAAGAUAUUGUCUCCGAAGAAGAUUCCUCCAGCGAAGAUGAGAAAUUUACAGUAAAGAAUUCUUCAGAUGACGACGAUGCAGUCUGGAAGAAGUCCAAAAUGCGCAGCGACGGCUACGAAGAUGAACGAAGAGAUCGUGACCGAGAUCGAGAUCGUCUUCGCUCACGAAAUCGGCGAAAUCGACGAAGAUCUUCGAGGAGCAGAAGUCGAGAUAACCGAAGACGUAGAAGAUCGUAUUCACGGGAUCAUUCCCCUUCUAGAAGAAGACGAGAUAGUGGAAGGGACUCGAGAAGAAGGGGAAGGGAUGAGCUCGAUGCGAAAAUGGAACGCAUCAGACAGGAGAACAAGCGCUUAGAAGAAAAGGCGCGUCAAGUAGAGUAUGAGAAGAAGAAGUACGGAAGUUCGACGUCUUCUCGAAGCCGCCGCUAA